AUGGGCGUUGGGGAUCUCGGGGCGUUAGGUCGGGUCGUGGGAGUUUUCAGUGCAUUCAUCAAGCUUAUCUCUCCCCCGCCUCAAGCCUCCCUGGAAGGCAUGAGGUUUGCUAUAUCAGGGUUGAGAAGUAGCAAGUAUAUGUCCUACACCCAGUUUGAUAAACAGAUCAAAGAGGCUCUGCUCAAGUUUGGUGCCCAGCCAAUCUUUGACCUCUACCUUGCCGACGACGUCCUGGAAAUGGUAGACGAAGAUUUCUUCAACUGGUCAACGGAUCUCUUCAUAGUGUUUGUGAAAAAGCUCAACAUUGCAGAGCAAGUUCGACCUUACACGCUAGCUUGA